AGCCCGCCCUAACACAACAUGCUUUAAUAUCUUAUUUUGUAUCAGACUUGUGUAAACAAACUGUUUUGUGUAUGAAAGCAUUUUUAUAAAUGUGCACAAUAACUUGUUCAGUGUUUGAAAUGUCUGUAACAUUAACAAGCAUUCCGAACCAACAUGUAUUAUGGUUGAAAAUUCGAGUGAAAUGAAAUAGCUUAAGAUGUUAAAUCGGACGUGACAAAACUUUAAACAUAAGAUAGCUCACACAAUUUUAGACUUAGCAAGGAAUAGUACAAAUCUACCGAACUUAUCUACGUUAGGUUUAGACGGAAAAUGUCUCCAUAGGAGUUCCUAAAGGUAGGGAUCGCAAGUGAAAGAGAUUUUUUGCAAAGAGGCUAUUUGGUAUCAUAAAUAAGAGUGAGAUAGCGUUAUCGCCGCUUAGUUUUAUAGAAGAAAACAAUGCCAGAGGUUCUCGUAAAGCAUCGAUAUCACGGUUGUGGGUGUUGCGUAGCGUAGGGGGUUGGUAGUGGUAAUGUGUGAAGAUAAGGAAGAGGCUCGCAGCGAGGCGGCGGCGGCGGUCACUCCGAAACGACUUUGUUGGCCGAAGCGACCCCCUGCCCCCCUGCCGGACACUAGAGGGCUUUGUUGCGCCAAACUACUUAGGAAAAAUGGAAAGGCGAAAAAGGUAUUACUUUUCCCCGAGGAAGGUUGGGCUCGUAGUGCCUCUUCGUCGUACUGGACGCUGCAGCCCUGCUGGUGGCGGCGGUCACGGUGCAAAGUGGUCGAAGUAGCCGGCACAAGAAGGCAUAGCACUCACGCGCGAAUGGUGGUAAGCGGGGUCAAUGCAGUGUACAUCGUUGGCACUUUCAAACAUCUUGGCACUGAUGCCGACUUUAAGUUAUACCUAACCACAAACGUCACUCAAGCUGACUUCAAUAUGGGCUACACGAUGACGGGUACUCUGGAACGUGGCAGUCGCUCCACUAAUAACUUCCAAGUCACACACUUUGCCGUCCUGCGUCGAUGCGAUCACGAAUCGCACCACCUGAAAAACACUUAG